AUGGGUCGUCGUCCUGCUCGCUGUUACAGAUACUGUAAAAACAAGCCUUAUCCCAAGUCCAGAUACUGUCGUGGUGUCCCCGAUGCCAAGCUCAGAAUCUACGAUUUAGGUCGCAAGAAGGCAUCUGUCGAUGAUUUCCCUCUUUGCGUCCACUUGGUCUCCAACGAAUACGAACAAUUGUCUGCUGAAGCUCUCGAAGCUGGUCGUAUUUGUGCCAACAAGUACAUGUCCAAGACCUCUGGUAAGGACUCCUUCCACAUGCGUAUCCGUGUCCACCCUUACCAUGUCACCCGUAUCAACAAAAUGUUGUCUUGUGCUGGUGCCGAUAGAUUGCAAACUGGUAUGCGUGGUGCUUUCGGUAAGCCUAACGGUCUUGUCGCUCGUGUCAACAUUGGUCAAAUCAUCUUCUCUGUCCGUACCAAGGAUUCCAACAAGGCUGUUGUCAUUGAAGCUUUGAGACGUUGUAAGUACAAGUUCCCUGGUCAACAAAAGAUCAUCAUCUCCAAGAAGUGGGGCUUCACUCCUCUUGCCCGUGCUGAAUACGUUGAAGCUCGUGCUGCCGGUAAGCUCAGACCUGAUGGUUGUUAUGUCAAGUUUGUUCCUCAAAGAGGUCCUCUUGCCAACUACUUCAAGGAGGCUAGCAAGGUCUAA